GCAAAAGUUCGGAUGGGCCGAAAAUAUUACUGCGAUUAUUGUGAGAAAAGAAUUCAAAACGAUGUGAACAACGUUAAGAAACACAAUGAAGGACUGCCUCAUCUCAAAGCUAAAGCAGAUUAUUAUGAGCGAUUCAAAGCACCGGAACAGAUAGUUGCGGAGGCGAGGACGAAAACAGAAUGCCGCUCGCUGAAGGAUGGCAAAGAAUGUAUGUUUGGUGCGUUAUGCAGAUUUUGCCACUAUACGCCCCAGCAAUUGCGCCAUCUCCAGCAGCAAGUGGACACACAAAAAUUGAUUCAAGUUGCCCGAUCAGAACGCCUCUACAGAAGGAUGCGCCACGUACGAAAGCGGCUGGACAAAUUUUGUAGCAAACGAUUGAAAAAACAACGAACCGACAAAGAGCAGACUCUGUCGGUAUCACUCCAAGCUAUUGACUUUGAAAACGAUCCUAAGCAGGCGGCAUGGGGAUGCAGAUAAGUAACGUACCAAAAUAAAGCUGUUACAUUAGUGUA